CACUGCUACACCUACGUUCACAGCUAUAACGCCACCAACAACCACACACUCACCACCGCCGCCACACACACACUAGUGUCUGUCGGACACUCGUCAAAGUAACGCCACGCUGACAAGAUCCUAUGUGUGUGACAAUAGCGAGCACAAAGCCAUAGUUAGCAGCUAGAGUGUAACAUAGCACAAACACACACGGGUUGUCGGACACUCGCUAUCACUGGGCGACAGAGUAUGGUUACGCCGGGCAGGCACACAGCUGCCAACCUGCUAAACUAAACUAAAUGUGCGGUGGAGAGCUACUGGGAAAGUGGCUGCAUGUCCGCGACACUACACGCAGCACCGUGGAUGGUAAAGUAACGCUCCCGGAUGGGGGAACUGGGGACUCAGCAGACAAACACUGUAGCUGGCACACCGCUGCAUACAGGGACUAAUCUUGGCAGUUAACGGUUAAUAAUCGGUUAGCGAGGGUUGGUUAUUGGUUAAAUUCUUUUUUAAAAAUUAGCAUCCCUAGUCCCGGCACAAAGUGGUCCAAAGUGAGCUAUUGCUUUUUUAACACGGUCAUCACGUAUGGCAACAUGAAGGUUAUAGACACAUUCCAAUUUAAAUAUUGUUUUAUUAAUAGAUAAUAAUGUUCACAAUAAAAUAGGCCUUUCUGUCUGAACAUACCGAGGCAGUUGCUAGAACGGUGGUUGCUAGCUGGACAAAAGUGUUGGACAGACUGACCAACAGACCGACAUUGCCAUCCCUAGAGUCAUGCCACUAUUGUGGCCAAAGACUAAUUCUCUAUCAGAAACUUUAGUAAGCAUUGUGGGGAAGUUUACAAACUCUCCAGAGGUGAAAUUAUGUGGCGACAUCAACCAGGCUGGACAUGAUAAAAGAUGUUGAACACCUCCCAGAACACACAGUUGUAGAUUACCUGAGUAUAGAGCUCACCAAAACCAUUGCAAAAUAUAAAUUAUUAUGUGUAAUUUUCAAUGAUGCUGCCUCUUCAGUUUAGUAAGACUGUUGAUUUUUCAAGACAGUGAUAAGAGUUUAUACAAGACAGACAUAAAUGCUGACUUUUUCUCUUGAAACAGAGACCUUUGAUUUAGAGAAUGGAAAACAGCACUUACUCUUUUUACUUUAACCUAACCAUGUUUAUGAACCUUGGGCACUACUAUUAUCCAGCCUUUGUCUUUUGCCUCCUAAUCUACAGCUUUAUUGUGUCUGCUAAUUUUGCUAUGAUAUUGAUAAUAAUACGGGAGAAAACACUACAUGAGCCCAUGUAUAUUUUCAUUGCAUUUUUAUCUUUCAACUCUCUGUAUGGUUCUGCUGGUUUGUUCCCUAGAUUCCUCAUGGACCUUCUGUCUGAUACUCAUUUAAUCUCUCGUCCUGCUUGUUUCACUCAGAUCUAUAUUAUUUACACAUAUACUUCCUAUGAACUGACCAUUCUCAGCAUUAUGGCAUAUGAUCGAUAUGUUGCUGUGUGUCAUCCUUUACACUAUCACAGAAAGAUGAACUCUAAAAUUGUCUACACAUUGUCAUUUAUUGCUUGGGUCUGUCCAGCCUGUAACCUUACAAUAACCAUUAGUACACUUGUCAAGCUUCCUCUGUGUGGCAACACUAUACAGAAGAUAUACUGUGCCAGCUGGAAUAUUGUAAAGAUAUCAUGUGUUACCACUGCUGUUAACAGUAUUGCUGCUACGUUGGGGGCCAUAGCUAUGGCCGCCAUUCCCUUUAGUUUUAUCUUUUACACCUAUCUGAGAAUUGUGGUUGCUUGUUGGAAAAAGUCAUCAGAGGUUAGGGGAAAAGUGUUACAGAGUUGUCUUCCACAUGUUAUUUCAUUUGCGAUUUAUUCAGUCACAUCAUUAACUGAUGCUGCACUGACCCGACGAAAUCUUGAGGAGUUAAAUCCAUUUGGAGCUGUAAUUUUAUCACUAGCAUUUAUUGUCAUUCCUCCAGUUAUGAAUCCUCUUGUGUAUGGCCUUAAACUUCCAGAAAUCAGAAAACACAUUUUCAAGAUAUCAUGCUUAAAACCCAGAGCUAAAAAGAACUCCCGUAGAACAGUACCAUCAUCUACACUGACCAUGUGAAUGUUGUAUGUUGUCAAUGAAACAUAUGUAAAAGAGUAAUGUCUAAGUGAAAAGACAAAGUAUCUGAUGUGCUAAUCAACUUUCUUCCUCUAUGAUAAGAGCCAGGCUAAUUGAAAAUGUCUUCUUAAAUUCAGUUUGACUACAAUAUUGUGAUAAUAGACUUUAUGGUACAGUGGCAUGCAGCCAUUGCUUGCCAUGUGCAUGCUUUGGUUUCAGUGGAGAUUGAUGUGAAUUAAUUUAAUAGGCUUCUCAUGUUAAUAAUCUGUUUUAAAUGAAAUCAUAUGCCAUACACAAACAUUGUAUCUCACUAAUAGGUUUUCAUCUAGUAAAUUCAUUCUUUAUUAUUUAAGUCUUUGUACGGUAGCACUUGGUAUCUACAUAUUUUCAGGGUAAACAACACAAUGCAAAAUGAAAAGUGAAAUUUGAUCAUGUAAUAAAUCUGCUCUAUUGUUUAUAGUAAACAAGAACUGCCAGUUAACAUAUCAACAUGUUGUGUUUAUUUUACUUUUUUCCUGCUCCUUUGAGGUUCUGACCUGUACUUUCAUGCUUUUACCAAUAAAUACUAAAAUGCCUUUAAAGACAAUCAGAUCUUUAAAACAUAUGCCAAUAUAAUGAGUAAACAUUUUGGAAAAGCUGGAAGUCUCCCAGAUCACAGCUGCAAACUGUCACUCUCAGCCACACAAUGAUAAGGCUUAUGAUCCCACUGUAGCCACCAUAACCAUCGGUAAUGGUAAUUUAUCAUAAAUAUCUCAAAAUAGUCCCAAAAUGUACUACUACAAUCUACUACAAAUUUAGUUAUUGUGGGCUACAAUAAAUACAAACAGGUGUGGAGUGGUCAGGAGUGAUUUAAGCAUGGUAACUACAACAUGGGUACUACAUUCAUUAUUAAGGAGCAGUAUGUAAUAGUAAGAACCAAAAUAUAGAUCUUCAUUAACCACAAUGAUAUUCAUGACCUUGUUAAUGUACCAUUAUAGCUAACAUCUCAGCUGCCCAAGGCUGUGGAGAAUCAGGAUUAAAGCCACAAUCAAUCAAUCAAUCAAAUUUGUCACAUGUACAUAAGGUACAAUUCUAGUGAAAAGUAGAUAAUCCUGCCAGUUCCUUUAAUUUGUGUUUAAGGAAUAGUAAUGGAUAUAUGUGUAUGAUUGGGGGGUGGGGGUGGGGGGGCACAUUUAGCUAAUUUAUUUGCUGUGCUGGAUGCCGCACAUUAAAGCAAACAUUGCGAAAACUUGAAAAGAAAUGGCGUUCCACCAAUCUGGCAGAAUUUUGUUUAGUCUGGGAAGAUAUAGGAAGGCUCUCUGUUACGUAUGUCAGAGCAGCCUGUUACCCAUCACUAGUAGAGGAAAAUAAGAAUAACUCCAGGUUU